AGACAUGUACGCGAAACAGCGCUUUCUUGAAUUAACAGAACAACAAGACAAAGGGAAAUUUUCUCUUCUUCUUCUUCUUUUUUUUUUUUGGUUUGCCCAUUCAUUAACAUGUUUUAAAUAAUCUGUUGUAUUUCAUGACGUCGAAAUGCCGGAUGAUUUUUCAUCCCCCUAGAAAUAAGAAUGAUUUAUGUGAAACCACUAACGAUACGACGGAUUGUGCGAAAAAUGGUUUUUCACGGCCGAUGAAAGACCAAUACGAAGAAAAUGUUAAUUUGCCACAGUAUGUCAGUGGUUUAUAUUUUAUGUUAGAGAGCACCUGAGCAAAAUUUAUGAACUUCUUAUGCAACAACUUGUUCAAGUACUUAUUGCGUUACCACUGUUUUUGUUUUCAUCAAAAAGUUAUCGUACAUCUUCUUUUAAUAUCGUUCACAGUGUUUAAUACUCAUUCGAAGUAACGCAAUGUCUGACCGCGUCACGUUCGCUCUGCCCGCUAACAACGUUCAAACACGUGCCUUCCGAAGCCAGUCCUUCAACCCUCCUCCAACUCUAGCAUCGCAUCGCUCCAGAAGAACUCUCAGUCUCCCAGCACGAGAGAAACCAAUCAUUCCGCCAGUUAUUUCGGAAACUCCUGAAUGCUCAGCAGUGGCUGGUGAAAUACAAUCAGACGAACAGCAACAAGUACGUUUGGAAGCAAACUAUUAUGAUGAAAUUCGUUGGUAUACCCCUAUUGUGGGACUGCUCGUGAGUCUGCUGUUAUACGCAUGGUCGUGUCUUUUGUCCUUAUCUGCAGACGAUAAAAAUAUCAUUUAUGAUAUUUUUACUACAGAGUAGAGAAAUAGUGGAGUGGCAUUUUCGCAAAAGAGACAUUAUUUCAGCCUCAUGUACAUGGGCGCUGAUGUUUACAACUAAAAUAUUAGUUUUGAAUUUAAAAGUUUAACAUGAAAAGAGAAGAUAAACUGUUAAGGUGGUAUGGUACC